AUGUACAUGGUGGCGCUAUGCCAAGCGAUCGAUCUUCGACAUUUGGAGGAAAACAUGAGCGAAGUUGUUAAGCAUGUUCUGCAACAAGUAGUAAAGAAAACACUUUACAACGACGGUACAGAUGGGCCAUUGCUCGCGUCUCGUUUCUGCGAGAAGGAACUCUUGCAAGUCAUUGAACACCAGCCUGUGUUCUCGUAUAUUGAUGAUCCUACCGACACAUCUUACGCGCUUUUAGUUCAAUUGCGCGAAGUAUUAAUGGAGAAAGCGCUUAAAUGUUGUCCAUCCAAAGACGACGAAGAAGAGAUUAGCGAGGAAUAUAAGUACUUGGUUUUCAAGAGGAUCCCAAUCUUUCAAGAUGAACUGAAAGCAACCGUAGGUGAUGAAGUGACAAAGGAAAGAGAGAAAUUCGAUAACGACGACUUCCCAAUUGCUAACAAAAUCAAGAUGUGCAUAACAUAUCUGAUAUAG